AUGGGCGUGAAAGGAAAGUUGAUUGCUUCAAUUGAGGUCAGGUGUGGAGGACACUCGAUUCAUGAUAUGUUUCACACCAAUACGCAUCAUAUACCCAAUAUAAACCCUACUAAGUACAAGCAUUUUGAAAUUCAUGAAGGUGAAACCAUAAACGUUGGUUCGAUUGUUAGCUUAAAAUAUAACCAGGAUGGAAAAGAAAAAAUUCUUAAGCAAGUGAUUGAAGUCGUCAACCCUCAAAAUAAAUCAAUCACUUGGAAAGUGAUUGAAAGAAAUGUUAUAGAGUUGUAUAAUUCCUUAAUUGUUAUCACAUCCAGUGAACACCAAUGGACUACAUUGACAUUUGUGUAUGAGAAGAAAACUGACGAUAUCCCCGAGCCCCUCACUGACUUUGAUUUUUUCCUUGAUUCAAUUAAGGAUAUGGAGGAUCACCUUAUCAAAAUAUAA